CCUUACAACCCUAAAAACCCUAAUUUGUAUAAAUCUCAGCAAAAACGCCGCGUUCCCUCUUCAACAACCCUAGAACUCAACUCCUCCGUCAGCUAGGGUUUCUCCGCAUCCACCGCAAUGGGUAAGGGAACAGGAAGUUUCGGUAAGAGAAGGAACAAGACUCACACGCUCUGUGUGAGGUGCGGCCGCCGUAGUUUCCACCUCCAGAAGAGCCGCUGCUCCGCUUGUGCUUACCCCGCUGCUCGCCUGAGAAAGUACAAUUGGAGCGAGAAGGCUCUCCGGAGAAAGACAACCGGAACAGGAAGAAUGAAGUACCUACGCAACUUGCCUCGUAGGUUCAAGAGUGGUUUCAGAGAAGGUACUCAAGCUGCACCAAGGAAGAAGACCGCAGCUGCAGCAUCUUCGUAAGGUGUUAGAAGGGUUGUUUUGGAAGUGCCGAUUAUAGAUUUAGUGAGCAAUUAUAUGUUGGUGCAACUUUUGUGAGGAAACUUUUGUGACGGUAUUUAAUCAAUUUUAGCUUUUGCUUUUGAUUUUGUAAGAGGAUUUACAGUUGCUAUUUCUUUGACCAUUUAAUUACUUUAUGUUUCUAAGUGUUAA